AUGUUCAUCAAAAGGGCGAAAUCUCGACCUUCUUUACGAGCUCGUGAACAAGAUGAUCAGUCAGAUAUGGUCGUAUCGAAAGAUCAUGCGACAACUUCAAACCUCGAAGGGGAAGAAGAAACGUCCGGAGGUGUGAUGGAGCGUAAAAAGGUAAAAGGGAAAGAAAGACGUAAAGAACAUCUUAAAUCAGGUGGACCUCGUUUAUCUUUUGGUAAUGAUGGAGAAGAUGGUUCUUCUGGGUUCAAACCUCGUAAAAGUUUAUUAUCUCAACAAGUCAAACUUGCACCUUUGCUUUCUGCCGAGAAUGAAGUGAAAGAAUCUGUUGUCACAUAUUCCUCGGAUUACCUAGAAAUGCUCAAAGCUUCAACUCCUAGUCGAGGUCCUAAACCCGCCACUGUCGAGAUUGAGAAUGGGGAGGACAAUGCUGAGGAUGAAGAUUCUACGGGAUUAUCAAGAUUGGCUCGGGAGAAAUACUCUAGUAAAAUCGUGGAAGAUUCCACGGUUGGUAUACCUGAUGCGGCGGCGAUAGCCAGUGCAAAGAUGAAAAGACAAGCUGCUGUUGGAAGUCAACAACGGGGGUUGGGGGACAUUGGGGAGGAUUAUAUUUCUUUAGGUGGAACACAAAUGGCAGUUUACGAUGGUGAUAAAGGACCUCAUCCUGAGAGUAGGUUGAUGAGAGAAGAGGAUGAGGGUGAGGAAGGAGAUGAAGGACUUGCAGAUUAUACAGAAGAGAAUGAGAAGAUAUACUUGGGAAAGAAUGCCAAUAAAGUAGCGGCUAGAAGACAUAAAGGCGAGAUGAAUGAACUCAUCGCGGAAAGUAGAGAAGCAGAAGAUGAAGAUGACGAAGAAACUAGAGAAUGGGAAGAAGCACAAGCACGUCGAGCUGGUCGUUGGGAAGAACAAGUCCCAGAGAAGAAAGUACAAAAAGGAUAUCAACCAGCUCCUAUCCCACGUAUACGUCCAAUGCCUACCAUCUCAGCUGCUCAAGCAAGAGUUGCAAAAGCUCUUUCUCAACUCCAAGCGCAGAAAGCACAGGACGAAGCUAAUCUCGAAGUUGUCGUAAAGGAACUUGCUACUUUUGAAAGUCAAGAACGUGAACUACGUUCUGAAGUGGAACGUUUGGAGGGGAAACGUGAAUGGGUUGAAGAGUUUCGAGGGUGGGUGGAGAUGUUAGGAAAUUUCUUAGAAGAUAAAGUACCGAAAUUGGAAGAGAUUGAAAAGGAUGCUUUACAUCAUUACAAAGAACGUUCUCGAAUUAUCUCUCAGAGGAGGGAGUUAGAUGAUCAAGAUGAUCUCGCUUUAUGUUUUGGUAUUCCCCGACCGACAGAAGUCACUCAAGUGGACGAAUUAGGAAGAGAAAGGGAUAUGUUGGCAGAAGCAGGUCCAAGUUCGGUAACACGUCGAGCAAGAAGAGAUGAAAGACAAUUACGUAGAAGUCGUCGUAAAGAACGUUCAUUUCGACAAGUAAAGCCAUCGGUAGAAGAGGAAGAAGGUUUCUCGACGGAUUCAACUUUGGCAGAAGGGGAUAUGGAGGAUUACCGUACAGCGUUGGUGGACCUAGAUAAGAGGGUUAGGGGUUUAUUGGAUGAUGUAAAAGCGGAAGAUUUUAAAGAUCCAAAUUUAGGUUUAGCCGUAAGAUUCGCAGAUUGGAGAAAGAGGUAUGAAGAGGAGUAUGUGAAUGCGUUUGGAGGAUUAGGUUUGGUACAUGCUUGGGAAUUUUGGGCUAGGGGUGAGAUGGUGGGAUGGGAACCUUUUCGUUCUUCCGAACCUAUACAUUCGUUCCACUGGUUCACUUCAAUCUAUAAAUACAACCGACCCUCUUCAAUCACACAAUUAGAAGAUGAAAUGGAAGAUGAAAUUCCAUUAGGACCAGAAGGUGAUCUCAUACCUGAAUUAAUCUCCAAAGUCGUCGUUCCACUCUUGGUGAACAUGUUUGAGAAUGGAGCUUAUGAUCCUCAUUCUAGUAAACAAACUCGGAGAGCUGGAGAUUUGUUGGAUAUGAUAGGAGAGUUGAUAGGGAAGGAGAAUAAGAAGUUUCAAUCUUUACUCAAAGCCCUUCUGGAAACAUAUCAUACCCAUCUACUCUCCCUUUCCCACCUCAUAUCUUCUAGUUCUCAACAUGAUUCCAUCCCUCCACCUACUUUCUCCCCGGAAUCACGUUUAUCAAUGGAACGGUUCCUCCGACGUCGUCUGAAACUCCUUCGGAACAUCUUACAAUGGCGUCAUGUGGUCCCUUUCGAAAUACGUGAAUUGUGUGCUCGACUGGUAGGAGAAGUACUACGUCCUAUCUUAUCGCGCAAUUGGGAUGGAGGAGGGAGAGAAAUGGCUUUAAAGGUGUUACAGAUUUCAGCGGGUAUAUUACCAUCUGAUUUACAAAGUUUUUUGUUGACUGGACCAUUGGUAAAGUAA